AAAGUAGCUUCCAUAUAAGAUUCGAUCUCUUCGUCUCUGAAGUUUGCGAAAUGAAGAGGGAAGAAAAGAUGUGGAGCGAUUUGCAGUUGCUCUUGAUUUUUAUCAUUUGUGCUGCUCCUAUGGUUGCCAGCUGGUCUCCUAAUGACGGACACAGAAGGAACAAAGAGAACUUUUCUCCUAGACAGUCAACUGGUUACAAAUCCUGGAAUUCUGACCUUUAUCCCAUUUGGAAGACUGGGGACUCACGGUGGCAUGACUGUUGGAAAGGUGGACCAAUUUCACUUGAAGUUAACAACGAUGCUCCCACCUUAACCGGUGCUAAAGCCACAUUCUACAUUAACUUGAAAUUCCCUCAGAAUCAGACUGUUCAUGUUGAUGGUGACAUUAUUUGGACUGAAAACUGUACUUUGAAUGGUACGCAAAUAACUGCUGGUGAGUCAGUGUAUCCUAAUAAUACAUGGCAGAACGUUGAUGAGAAGUUUCCAGAUGGAAGGCCCUUUCCAAGAAUUGCAAAGAAGAAAGGAUCUAAAUUUAUCUUUGUAUGGCAAACGCUAGGGAAAUACCAGCAGGUUGUGGAUGGGCCGUCAUCUUUGGCGGUUGUUGACACAACAGAUGUCCCAUUAGGUUCCUACACCAUGGAGGUAACUGUAUAUCAUUAUCGUGGACGCCAGAAGUUCAUUCCAAUAGGAAAAGCUAAUUCACAGUUUACAAUCACUGAUCAGAUUCCAUUCUCUGUUGAGAUUUCCCAGAUUAGUGAUCUCAAUGAUGCUGACAACAGUUUCAUACAGAACCGAGCUAUUCUGUUUGGAAUUAAACUGCACGACCCUGGCCUAUAUUUAAAAGAUGCUGAUAUCAGCUUCUCUUGGGAUUUUGGAGAUGGAAGUGGUAUCCUAAUCUCCCGGGUCCACACAGUGACGCACACGUACCUCUCAACAGGAGUGUUCAAACCACACGUAUUCCUACAGGCUGCCAUCCCAUCAACUGUGUGUGGUACAGCCGAUCCAACUCCAAUGAUCUCAACUAUAACCUCCGACCCCUCAUCACCUCUACCUAUCACAAGAUCCUCAAUUGUGACCUCUGGUCCAAUUGUAUUCCCAGUAACUAGCGAGCCUACUGCACAGGACGCUACUACAGGAAAUACAGCUCCUCCUCAGCCACCAACAGUUGAACCUGUUGCUGUAUCAACUCUAGUGUCUGAUUCCUCAGUACUGCCUUCUGAGCAGCAGACAAUCACAAUAAUCCCCAGUUCUACAGGAGACCCUAUUCCAGUUCCUUCUUCUACCAUCAGUCCUGUAACCCUUGACUCUGAUGAUGCAAUAAAUGCAGCAAUUGCUGUCUCAGAACAAGUUACAAAUGUGGCAACCCCAGGCUCUGAUGAAGCUAUAAAUGCGGCAACCCUUGUAUCUAAUGAAGCUAUAAAUGCAGCAACCCCAGGCUCUGAUGAAGCUAUAAAUGCGGCAACCCCAGGCUCUGAUGAAGCUAUAAAUGCAGCAACCCCAGGCUCUGAUGAAGCUAUAAAUGCGGCAACCCCAGUAUCUAAUGAAGCUAUAAAUGCAGCAACCCCAGGCUCUGAUGAAACUAUAAAUGCGGCAACCCCAGUAUCUAAUGAAGCUAUAAAUGCGGCAACCCCAGUAUCUAAUGAAGCUAUAAAUGCGGCAACCCCAGGCUCUGAUGAAGCUAUAAAUGCAGCAACCCCAACCUCUAAUGAAGCUGUAAAUGCAGCAACCCCAACCUCUAAUGAAGCUCUAAAUGCAGUAACCCCAGGCUCUGAUGAAACUGUAAAUGCAGCAACCUCUCCUUCCGAUGAAGCUAUAAAUGCAACAACCUCUCCUUCCGAUGAAGCUAUAAAUGCAGCAAUCACUGUUUCAGACCAAUCAACCACUCUAUCUGCUACAAUGUUCAUUCCAGAAAGCGAGGUAACUGCUAUGGACGCAAAUGAAGUACUGAUGGUGGUGAAGCGACAGGCUAUUGAGGAUCCAGUUGCUGAUUGCCUUAUCUACCGCUAUGGCACCUUUAGUACCACCGUCAAUAUUGUCCAGGGCAUUGAAAGUGUAGAAAUUGUACAAAUAUCAAACGUGGUGCCAGGAUCAGUGGCAGAGAUGCAGCAAAAUGCUGUGGAUUUCACAGUGACUUGCCAGGGAAGCUUCCCAAGUGAGAUCUGCACUGUUGUCUUAGAUGCAGACUGCAUAAAUCCUCAGCAAACUGACUGUAGUGAAGUGCUGCCUGCUGAUGAAUGUCAGCUUAUCCUUCGCCAAUUUUUCAACUCUUCUGGAACUUAUUGCGUAAAUGUCUCUAUGACAAAUGCAGUCAGCUUGGCUGUUGCUAGUGCCCGCGUUGAUGUGAACCCAACUGCAGAUGCAACACCUAAUACAGCUGAAGCCUUGGUACUUGUUGGGAUGUUGCUCAUUGCAACUAUCAUUGGAGUUGUAGCCGUUACCUACAGGAAGUACAAGGAAUAUGCUCCUUUGCAUCAAGACCCUUUGAGGAUUCACUCUGAGUGGAUCCCGGACAGGGCUGCUGUUAACAUUUUCCUAAGAAAUAUGUUUGGUCAUCAACAGAGUAAAGUCAGCGAGAACAGCCCUCUUCUGCAUGGGUGUGUCAUCUGAGACAGUGAACGUGGAUUAUGAAAGUGGAUUCAUGUUACUAAUAAAAUGUAACCAACCCUAGUUGCAAGUGUGAAUUUUUUUUUUAAAUGGUGGGGAAGGGAGAUGAUUGAUGUGACACUGUUUGAACGAUCAAAUAAAUAAGACUUUAAGCUGCAAGGCUAUCGGUCACCUUGA